AUGGUAUCUGAAGAGAAACCACCAUCACGUCCGGCGUCGCUGGACAUCGAGCAACCAGCAGUCACUACAGAAACCGAGAAUCUGGCAGAGGAUCGCUUGGAGAAACUAUCUCGAGUCUAUGGCUGUACGUGGGAUGGCCCGGACGACCCUGAAGACCCAUACAAUUGGUCCUCUUUUCACAAAAUCAUGAUUGGCACCAUUUUCUCAUUUGGUCAGCUCGUCACGCUCAUGUCUGCCAGCAUGAUAGCUUCAGCACUCGGUGAAAUCGCUCACGAUUUGGACACCACUGCGUCCACAGGUCAAAUCAUUCUCUCCACCUACUUUCUUGGUCUAGCUUUCGGACCAUUCCUGGCUGCUGCAUUGGCCGAGAUGUAUGGUCGAAGACCAAUAUGGAUCUUUGGCAAUGCAUGGUACAUCCUAUGGAACGCGAUCUGCCCUGUUGGCAAUUCUACGGGCCUCAUGAUCUUUGGAAGACUCAUGACAGGUGUGGGCGCCAGUGUCGGAAUUACGCUCACAGGGCCAGUCAUGGCAGAUUUGUAUCGUGAGAAAGAUCGAGGCAAGUCGCUUGCCAUAGCGUCCCUACUACCCUAUCUUGGUCCAGCCUUGGGGCCGAUUGUCGGUGGUAUCGUUACCCAACUUGUUAAAUGGACCUGGGUCUUUUGGAUCAUGAGUCUCUUUAAUACAGCUGUCACGAUUGUGGGUAUCAUCUAUAUCAGGGAAACUUACACGCCCGUACUCCUUCGCCGCAAGGCUGCUGCGCAGAGCAAUGCCGCACCGCCCACCAUCGUACCCGGCUCCAUUCUAGGUGUUUGGAAAGAUUUCGCUUCUCGGUUAUCAGGCCAUCUCAUGCGACCAUUGCGCUUACUCUUCACACGACCUAUCAUCCAGUUCAUCGCCUUGGUACUAGCACUGAAUUUUGGCGUAUACUGCUUCAUGCUUUCGACCUUCGCCAGCCUUUGGAUCAACAAGUAUAACCAAUCCGAACUGGCUAGUAGUCUUCACUACAUCUCCAUCGCUAUCGGCUCUACCAUCGCAGGUCAGGCUGGUGGGCAUCUAAUGGACUUUGUCUACAACAAGCUCAGCAAGCGGAAUGGUGGACAAGGCAAACCAGAAUUCCGCGUACCUUACCUGGUUCCCGGUUUAAUCCUUAUGCCUGCAGGGUUAUUCUGGUACGGGUGGUCUGCGCAAUACACCAUUUCGUGGGUCAUGGUUGACUUUGGAGCUGCCAUCUUGACACUAGGCAGUUUUGUGUCAGCGCAGGCUAUGUACGCCUACCAGUUGGAUGAGUUCGCGGAAUUCGGUGCUUCAGCCAAUGCGGCAUCCCGAAUGUUCUCAGCUGUCAUGGGUUUUGCGUUCCCUAUCUUUGCCCCACAGCUGUAUGAGGCACUAGGCUAUGGGUGGGGAAACAGCCUAUUAGCAUUCAUCAUGAUUGCCAUCGGCUUCCCGAUACCCAUCAUUUUAUGGUUCUGGGGCCAGAAAUUGAGAGCCCUUGGAAAGAAGGAUUGA